CGCUUAGAUAAAACAUCUAAGUAUUGAAGUAGGGCACCGAAUAAGGAUUUUCUGGUUUUGUUGUUGGUGGGUUUCAGCGUUCCGCUUCAACUUCAAAUUCUCAGUGAAACCAAUUCAGUUCAGUCCAAAUCCCAAAUCCGAAGUGAGAUUUGCGAUGGAGAGGCUUCAGCGAAUGUUCGCAGGUGCAGGUGGAGCUCUAGGGCACCCUCCCCCAGAUUCCCCAACUCUCGAUUCCUCCGAGCAGGUCUACAUCUCCUCACUCGCUCUCCUCAAGAUGCUGAAGCACGGAAGGGCUGGGGUUCCCAUGGAAGUGAUGGGUUUGAUGCUUGGAGAAUUCGUGGACGAGUACACCGUUCGUGUGGUUGAUGUCUUCGCAAUGCCGCAGAGUGGUACUGGUGUUAGUGUUGAAGCUGUUGAUCAUGUUUUUCAGACUAAUAUGCUUGACAUGCUCAAACAAACCGGAAGACCAGAGAUGGUUGUUGGCUGGUACCAUUCGCAUCCUGGAUUUGGCUGUUGGCUCUCUGGUGUUGACAUCAAUACACAGCAGAGUUUUGAGGCUUUGAAUCAGCGUGCAGUGGCUGUGGUUGUAGAUCCAAUACAAAGUGUUAAAGGCAAAGUGGUGAUUGAUGCUUUUCGAUUGAUCAAUCCACAGACAAUGAUGCUUGGUCAAGAACCAAGGCAGACAACAUCCAAUUUGGGACAUCUGAAUAAGCCAUCCAUUCAAGCAUUGAUCCAUGGGUUGAACCGGCAUUACUAUUCCAUAGCCAUUAAUUACAGGAAGAAUGAACUCGAGGAGAAGAUGUUGCUUAAUCUUCACAAGAAGAAAUGGACUGAUGGUUUGACACUUCGGCAUUUUGAUACACAUUCUAAAACUAAUGAACAGACUGUACAGGAAAUGUUGAACUUAGCUAUCAAAUAUAACAAGGCUGUUCAAGAGGAGGAUGAGCUGCCUCCAGAAAAGCUUGUAAUAGCAAAUGUGGGAAGACAAGAUGCAAAGAAGCACCUCGAAGAGCAUGUGUCAAAUUUGAUGUCUUCCAACAUUGUUCAAACUCUCGGAAUGAUGCUUGACACUGUUGUCUUCUAGAGUCAUUAUUUUGGACCUGCUGGUUUCUUUGGCUGUGCCAUGCUGUGUUAGUUUCUUGAAAGGUGCCCAUAUGAGAUCAAUGUAGAGUGGAAAUUGAGCCAAGGCAAAAGGUGUCACUGGCAGACAUGUCACGGCAUAUACACAGGAAAUGCAACAGAUUUGAGUUUGUCCUUUAGCACAAAGAAAUGGCCAGCACAGAAACAAACCAUCGUGGAGAUAAUGGACAUGAACAACGAUGUCAACCCAAGGAUCAGCUUCCUGGGAAGACUGCUAUCGAAAUCAUGCUCUUGAUACCGAGAUGUGAGUAUUGAGAGGAACAGCACCAGUGAGGUGACAGAACAGCAACGAGCAAUGAGAGAUGCAAUGGCAAAGGCUUUGAAUUCUGGCCUGUCUUCAAGGGUUGGGGCACCUGUGUCAUCUUUGAAGUUGCCGGGGAUGGUGGUGGAUGUGGAAAAGGCUACAGUGGCUAUCAGUGCUGCUACCAAGGAGCAGGAUCCAGCAGUUUUUUUCAGCCAUUCUCCACCACUCCUAACGAGGUCCUUGUGAGUUUCGCUGAGGAUAUCUCUAGGUGUCUUGUUUUCAUUGUUGUAUCAACGAAAGAAAUGAAGUGACAUCGAUUCCUUAACAAACUGCAUCACAUAACCAGCAGGGCAGCAACUGGUCUCAAUGACCGAAAUUUGUAAUUAAUUUUACAGGGAUAAUAAUUGGAUUCAAAUAGAAGCUAUAGUUGGUGUUAAUAAUUGGUUUAGAACUUA